AAUGUAUCGUUAGUAAUUAUAUCCGGGUGAAAGUGGAAACAUGCUUUUCAUCACAUCUUAAGAUAAGUUUGUGUAUUUGAUAACUGUCAAUAGUUAUGCCUCUAAUAGUGAUGUGUGGCUACCCCUGUAGUGGUAAAACACAGAAAGCAGAAGAACUGAAGGUGUGCUUUGAACGGAACACUGACAGAAAGGUUCAUAUUGUAGGAGAUGGAGCACUGGGCGUUGAGAAAAACACAGUUUACGCAGAUUCCCAAAAGGAAAAAAAUGUCCGAGCAUCUCUGAAAGCUGAAGUAGAGAGGAAACUCAACAAGGAUGACAUUGUAAUUUUGGAUUCAUUAAAUUACAUAAAAGGCUACCGCUAUGAACUUUUCUGCCUCAUCAAACAUGCACAGACACCACACUGCCUGGUAUACUGUUUGACAUCAGAUGAAGUGAGCUCAACGUGGAAUACCAACAGAGAGGCUGCAGAGCAGUACACCCAGGAAAUCUUUGAUGCAUUAGUGCUGAGAUUUGAAGCUCCAGACUCCAGAAACCGAUGGGACAGUCCUCUCUUCACCAUCCUGAAAGACGACACGCUUCCAUAUGAAGGCAUUUCUGACGCGCUUUUCAAACGAAAAGCACCCCCACCUAACCAGUCUACACAGAGUCAACCAUUGUCAUCUGCAAGCUUCUUGUACGAGUUGGACAAGAUCACACAAGAUGUGUUAUUGGCAAUUUUUAACGCACAGAAGACAAGUGUUCCCGGGGAUCUCAUUCCAGUUCCAGGAGCUACAGAGAAGAUCGAGCUCACCAGGAGCAUCAACAUGGCAGAGCUGAGGAAACUUCGGCGCCAGUUCAUCAGCUACACCAAGAUGCACCCAACAGAGAACUCGGGACACAUAUCUAACAUGUUUGUGCAGUAUUUAAAUAAGAGUCUUCACUAAAAUUUUAUAGCAUUGGUUUGUUUUUAUUUUUGGGUAAAAAAAAUAAAUAUAUUAAAAUA